AGCGUCAUCAUCGGCGCAUCAUCACUGCAGUGAAAGGUGUCCAUCUUUUUUUCGUGAGAGCAGUCUCGCCUCGCGCAUCGCAGCUCAAAAUCCGCAAAUUUUCUAAUGAGUGUGAGAAAUCCUGCUUCCGCAAAGUGUUGAAAACCUUCCCGUUGUUCACCAAUAAUAUUUACGUCCGCGGAGAUCGUCUUCGUCGCCGUCGUCGCAGUUUUCGCGGGUGGAGGCGCGCGCUUGGCCAGGAAAGUCCCCAACAGCUAGGACGGAGUCGGGUGGGAUUCCUUGUUCCUCCGCCAUGGGGCCAUUGGAUAAGCCAAAGAGCGCGUCCAAUGAGCAGAAGGAGGAACUGGUCAAAAUAUUCGAGGAGUACAACAAUCGACCGAAGCAGGAAAGUGCCGAAACGGAUUACAAGGAGCGGCAGCGGUUUUGGAUAGAGGCAACGCACCGAUUGAACCAGAUCCCGGGUGGGACGAUGAAAUCCACUGCCAAGUGGGUGAAGUACUGGGCGGACGUGAUUAUCAAUCUCAAGCGCAAGUGUCGGUUAGUUGCGGAGGGAAGAUCGAAGAAGAUUGGUCCCAACCAGCUGGAAGUACGGAUACUGACGGCGGCCUGCUGUUACGACGUUCUGGAUCAGUGGACCAAAUCUCUCGGAACGGAGAGUAUGGUGACACUGGAUGCAUCGAUGGUAAACGAUCACGAAGAGUACUUCCCGGAUGACACCGGGGUCCAGAAGGAGGAAAUCGUGAUCGAGCACUACGCGGACGACCAGCUAGAUGAGGAGUUUGUGACCACAUUUUCCUCCAAGCCCAUGGUGAGCGAUCACGUCCAGGAGACGGUCACAACCGAGCUGGAAAUCCGGAAACCCACCGCAGAGGAAAUCAAAAGCAUGGCCGUCACCACCACAGAGUACGUGGAAAUGACCUCGUCGGCUCUGGAGAGUACCAGCGAAUUCCUGAAACCGAAAACGACCGUCCGCACCCAACCGGAGCACCAGCGGCUGCGGGAAGAUCUGAAACGAACCUCCGAGAAGUUGGAAUCGGUGAUGAAGAAGCGCCGGCUGGACGAUUCCAAGAUUGCCAUCGCCCAAGCCCUGACCAAUAUGUCCGCGGCGAUGCUGCAGCUCUCGAACGGGCUGAACGAUCUGGCCAAUGCGCUUACUAACGAUGCAAUUUAACAACCGUCGACUGUCGAUUAUCCGGAACGUAUCCGGCCGUCUCUAGGGGUACGUUCGGGAUUGCUCUAUUUUGUAAGUUAUAAAUACUUUUGUGUGUAUGAUAAAUUGUGGAAAUAAAUUUAAAACUAAUAAUCUGGAUUCCCCAGAAGAUGAAAUGGAA